UUUGUGCUUCUUGCGUGCAGUGUUCUGGACAAGUAGUUGUGUUUUAUUAAUUGUGUAUCAUUUUAUUGUAGGGAAAUUCAAUCAUCUGCCUAGGAUUCUGUGUAAUCAUUAAUUAAUCUCUGACGUAAUACUGGAGCUUUUAGAAAGUUGUGGUGCAUUAUGGCAGGUGCCGAAGAUGAACCAAUGCAUCUGUAUGAAGUCUUCCAAAAUUGUUUUAAUAAAAUUGCCAACAAACAUACUGAUAAAGGAGCUGUCAGUGGAGCCACACCCAUAGCAGGCAGCUACCAGGCUGCGGCCUAUCCAUCUGACAACCACUACGGGAGCGACGACUUCACGCAGGACUCCCCUCGCUACCCCUCACCUAAGUCCAGCGCCGGGGUCUACGCUGAUGGCUACUAUGGUCUUGAAGGUGGCAGCAAUGGUGGAGGUGACCUGUGGAACACGGCAGGGGCGGCGUCCGUGGCGGGGGGCGCUGGGCCCUACCACUACCCUGGCAUGAUGACCGCCCCCCACCAGUACAGCAGCAUCUCCCACAUACCUGCUGACCACAUGACCUACGAACACUUGGGUGGUGCAGGUCUACCGCCCAUGUCAUCGUUCAGAGGGGGGAGUGGUGCGAGUGGCACUACAGGGGCAACGGGCAUCGUCGUACCCACUUCAUCUCCGCACUACACACACAGUCCAUUGCCCCACACGCACCCUCCUCCGCCCACCACCACUCCUCAUGCUUCUGAUAACUUGGGCAAAACUUUGGUCUCGAUAUACCCGAGCGCUGAGAGCGGUCCCCAAGCUACGGGUGUUGGUGGGUACACAAGUAACCCCGGCACCCCCGUGUCUGCCACCUCCCCACCCCCCCUGAGCAACACCAGCGUGGGGGCAGCUCAAUCCUCGUGGCCUGUACCCCACACACCCACGUCCCCCGCCUACGACAGAUCCCAUCAUCUUCGCAUGCCUGAGGAGAAACUGGAGUCCGCAAUCGACUACCUCAGGGACCAGAUCAUGGAGGGGAGCAACGUCCUGCCCACCCAGGACCUUAGGUCCAUCCCUCCUACAGGUUUAGAUAUGAAAGACAAAGACUUGAAAGGAGACGACAUGGCUGCGGGGGGCGCGGUGGGCAUGCUGGGCACCACCGGGGCAGUGUCAGCCAAAGCUGGCAAGCGCAGCAGGCGCUUCAAGACUAUGGAGCGAGGAGGAGGCAACAUGGUGACCGCAACAGCUGCUCCAGGACCUGCAGCCAUGGCCGGCCUGCACCUCGGAAGUGAGGAAGAAGACGAGUCUUUGGAUCCUGAGACGAAAGCUGUGCGGGAGAAGGAGCGUCGCCAUGCCAACAACGCGCGAGAGCGAAUUCGAAUCCGCGACAUUAACGACGCACUUAAGGAACUUGGUCGGAUGUGCAUGACGCAUCUCAAGUCUGACAAACCGCAAACUAAACUAGGCAUUUUAAACAUGGCAGUUGACGUUAUAAUGUCGCUGGAACAGCAAGUUCGAGAGCGGAACUUGAACCCUAAAGCGGCGUGUUUGAAGCGGCGGGAAGAGGAGAAAGGGGAUGGCUCUAAGUUGACCCCUCCACCGUCUUCCCACAUCGGCGUCCCCCAUCCUUCUGGUCUACAGCCCCAGCCUUACCCCGCCAUGCCUAGCGACGGAUCCCAUAUGGGGCUUAAUAACACGGGCCCGCACUGAGGACGAGAGACGCCGCUGCAUCAACCGUGCCUCUAUCGACACAAGAAAAGCUCUGAUUGCGGCAAUCAGUGCAAUACUUCUAUUUCUUAAAUGGUCCGUCUUCUAGUAUCUAUAUCAUUCAUGUGAUGCUUGUGAUACAGCUGCUGCCAUACACAUUACCAAGUUGUACUUCAAUAUGAACACGUUGUGAGACACUCAUCAAUCAUCCAUAACAUUACCAUUACUAAGUACAAAGUGUCAUUUCUCGAGCUCCUAUGUAUUCUGCCGCCUCCAGAUUAUAGACAUCAGACAGUGCAUGUUUGAAAAUCUCCUCACGCGUUUAUACUUCUAAUAGAAAUUACCUUACGGGAGCAAAUUUUUGGUGUUUUCUAGAAUUUGAACUUACUGGUACAGAAAUAUAGUAACGGCUUAUUUUGUCUUCAGUCUUGCAUAAUACCGAGUCAUCGAGGCCAAGGUCGCUCAAGAUUUGCAUAAUACCUCACUGUUUUUAUCUUAAGAAAUUCCUCAGUAUAAUUAAAAGACCAACUCUUAGAGCUGUUUUUAAGUCUAAAUUAUCGAGACAAUGAGCGCCACGAAGACCCGUUUGCUUCAUUUGUUGUUCAUGUGAAGGAUUUUUUGGUCACUUAGAAUUGCCGGGACCGCAAACUUUUUAGUCUCACCACGUGGGACCAAAAACUUCUUAGUCUCACGAUUCACUUACGUUUAUCCUCAAUCUUCUCGUAAGUUCAUUAAAAUUUAAAUUUUUCGAUCAGGCAUCAACGCAAUUGUAGAGUGAUCAAUAUUUUUUAUUAAAAAAUUCCUGUUGAUAAUUUCUAUUGUUCGACGAUGUCAGGUUUUGAAAACUUCCUCUUUUUUAUCUCUCUCUCUCUCUAGGCAACCUGAAAGUGAACGUUAGUCUGUGUGGAAAAAACUGUGAACGUAGAACAGUGAACUUUUUUCAGUGAAUCAAUUUGAGAUUAACGAAGUUGCAGCUGCGUCGUAAGCUCGUACCCCUUUCUUGAAAUUACAAUCUCGAAUGACUUUUAAAAAUUAACCUAAAAUUAUCUUUUCCACGGCAGUUGCGAUUGCGGCUUCUGAAUUUUCUUCUACGAGUGUAUAAUUUGUAUAUGUUCUGUAUUGUGAAAUUCGGAUUUAAUUGACAUUGUUAGGAGAUAGUGUGUAGUUGAUUAUUUUCGUCUUAUGUUGAAUACAUGAAUAACAGGCUCCUUAUUCAUUUCUGUUUUUAGCUCUUUAACUUAUUCCCACGUUUCUGAUGAAGCGGGAUGUGGGUUUGUCAUGGUAAAUCUUCGCAUUAAACUGUCAAUACCAAGCUUAGUUAUUACACGGCCUGACCUGAGGGUUACUACUGCACUGCAAGUAUAUGUUUUUUUUACUAUAUUCUGCGCAUAAGUUGUUCAGUUUCCUAAUCAAAGUAUAGUCGCAAUUCGCCUCUACCUCUGAAUUGCAUGUACAUGAAUAAAUCAUAACAUGUUGCUCGGAAAUUGACGGUUAGACUUUAUAGGCAAGAGCUUCUUUUAUAGACCUCGGGGAGGUCCUAAUGUACCGACUUGCGAAACCUUGUUUUUUUUUUGAUACGGACAUAUCAUUGUGCUUAUGUUGUACAUCAAGAAAGCGUGCAAGCGGCUCUUUGAAAUUAUGUUGUAGUGAUUAGUUUUUUGUUUUUUUACUGUGUUCGCCAAUGCCUCGGAAGUUCUUACCUCCUCCACAAUCAUGACGCGCAUGUCGCAUCCUCAUUAUAAUGAUGACGUAGGCUCCUUGUAUCUAAGAAUGACUAUAAAAUUGCUGACAUAUUUUACCUUGGGGAUCAUGUGAUUAUUUGUUCUUGAGGCUCAGCCAAGCUUUGUCUCAUUUAAAGAGGAAUCUUCAACAUCUGGUAUUCGAAUAACUCAACUUCCGAGUACUUUAGUGUCAAGUGUACGCUAUUUCAGUUGAUCGAGUGACAUAGCUUUUGAAAUUGAUGUACGUCUUUGACAUUUUCUGCUGUGCAGGAAAAAAUGUAUAUUUCUCCACUUGUAGAAUUAUUGUAUUAGCAGAAAUGGAAACCUCUUUUGCCUUGGGACUACACUCGCGAUGAUGAGAGCGUGUGAUAUUAUACUACAUGAACAAGACGUUCAUUAUAUGUCAAUAUUGAAAUCAUGAUUGGUAAUUAACGUUAAAUAUGAGCUAUCAAGUAUGGUUAAAUUCCGACCUAGGUACGUCUCAACAAAUUUCCAUUUUAAAUAACCAUACUUCAUUCAUGAUAUGAUAGCAACUUUUUCCAUUUCGUCGGUAGUGUCCAUUUCUGGUGAAUUUUCAAAUAUAUUUGAGAAAUUUUUUAGUGGCUAAAUUGCUGAGAACGUCAUGAAGAGCGAGAGUUUUGUUUUUUAAUUAGUGCUCCAUAGCAGUUGUCUUCGAUCGUUCGCUAUGCACAAUUCGUGAAGAGUUAAUAGGAGCUUCGAAUCACUGAAGGCAUUACAUUGAGCCACUCCUUUUGUAUUAACAUUUUUGUCCCAAAGCCGCCGUUAUUGUAAAGAAUAAAUUUCAUCAUCAUACCUAAUAGUUGCGGCUGGUGUAAAGGUUUUAUGGUGAGAACAAAAGUAAUCGAUUUUCCGCAGCUUUGUUUUAGACCUAAUUUUUUUGCAACGAAUUCUGUGGGAGCUCGGAAAUGUCGAUUUGGAUUUCUUGUUUACUCUCUGUGCAUUUUUCUUAUUUUUUUACUUGUCCUUUUUUCUGUGUUUCUGGACUCGUGAUGAUGACAGUGAACCUUGAAUACCGUAGCUUCUUUGAGAUAUCAGCACCCGAUAUUUUAUCGUGACCUACACUUUGUAUGUUGAUUGAAAAAUGACAAAUAGCUCUAAAUUUCGUGAUGAUAUCUCAUUUGAUGAUAUUAAUAUGAUUUCAUUAUUCUACCCGUUCCUGUGUUGAAAUAAUGGGGCUAUUUUCUAACAAUCUUAAUUAAAGGCUUGCGCCACAGGGUAACUCUGUAGGUUGUAACGUGAUUUGGUAAUUGUCGAUUAGUAACCAUCAUAACAUCAUCGAUUAGCGAUUAUCAUACGGGUAUUAGGGGACUAAGACGUUCUCAUGGUGUCCGUGGCAACUAUCGCAGAGAUUCGAUUUUUAAUUCAGGAAGAAUUUUAUCUUUUUUAUCUGCUAUUUGGAAGACUACGGUUGCCUCGAGCUGGGAAGUUUGUUAAUUGUGCAAAUUUAGUAAAAUUUGUUUGGUUUCUGGUUUAAAAAUUGUUUUCAAAAUUUCCAGUCUGAUGUAAAUCCAAUUUGCUGCUUCAAAAGUUCAACUUGAGCGUUCUGUUUCAAGUUAUCUAUGUUACACAUACAUUUUUAGGACGGAAUUUAGUUAGCUGUUUGUGAUUAUGACGGUGGCAGCUGAACUCUAUUUGUAAUUUUAAUUAUGUUUCUGUUUAAUGUUUGUUGAGCUGGCCUGUAUUUUAUCAUUUGGGUAACAUUCCAGUUAUCUUGUUAUGUGUUCUCAGUUAUCUUCAUGCUCCUCAAUAAAUGAUGUUCUCAUUUCUCCCGUCGACAUGAAACCCCGCAAUGAAUUAGUCUCCCCUUCCAUAGGUGAGAUAACUUGUGUUCCGUUCUUAAUUAGUCUCCCCUUCCAUAGGUGAGAUAACUUGUGUUCCGUUCUUAAGAAAAACGUUCUCAGAAACUGUGUACAUAUUCUUGUGUUGAACUGCGCGUGAGGAACUGUCACGUCACUCCCUAUAAGUUAUGACUUCUUGUAGCAGCGACAAUUCUGCCAUGUCAUAACUUAUUCGAUAUAAAUAUCUAUAAAUAGAUAUAUAAAUAUAUAUAUAUAUACAUCUGUAUAAUGUAUGUACAUUGUUUGUAAGUUUGUUAUAUCGCAAAUAAUCCAUCCAUUGCAUGUGUAUGCGUCGUCGAGGCAGGCAUUCAGUGACGAGUUUUGAGCGUGUAUGCACGACCACAUGUAUGAUAUUUACAUGUGUGAAUUGUACGUGUAUCAACGGGUUCUCCUAGCACUGAACUAACUAGAUUUUCCCGAUGCCGAAAUAUGAUCUGCAAUUAACUUGCUACUUAAGAUUAUUGCCCCAUGCAAUUGUUAACCAAUUACGUUUUUUUACGCUAGGGAUCGAUUAUGUUCUAAUCCUGUAUGCUAAAGUGUAAAUGAUGGGAAAUUGUUGAUGCGUGCCUCUGGUCCAAGGGACUGAGGAGGCCUCCCUCAGCUUCAUGGGUCCCAAAACUAUUCCCCUAGCUACCCAAAUUAUCAUGUCACAAUAAGCAUAUUACUUUUUUCACACACUUCCAUGCAUAAUUUUCUUAAUCGGUAUUACUUUUCAUUAGAAUUGACGACAAAAUUUCAUACUACUUUCAGUACAGGAACCACUAUUAAAGUUCUGCUAUUCGACGCCCGAUAAUAACCGUAAAGGUUAUUAAGCAACUGCUUAAGUGCGUCUUUGGUUAGAAUCUAGCAACUCGUCUGCCUUCAUGUCAUCGUCUCUCUUUUUGUUCGGGAGAAGCGAUCGAUCUUAACGAUUGUUUGCCCAUCGUAUCUUUGCAAAGAUCUUCUUUUGACAAGCCCUGCAUUCUCAUGCCAUGUCAGGUUCUGUAGUAAGAAUUUUUGUUUGCACAUUUACCGCUGCCGUGUGAUUCUCAUGUAUCAUCAGUUAAGUUGUGUUGACAAAGGAAGACGAUUUAAUGUGAAGAAUUGUGUAUACACUUGAUUUCUGGACCGGGACAGAAAAUGCACCAUCUCCUCGCACAAACCUUGCUCUUAGUUUUUUUUUCAACUUUUCUAUGUUGCAUCAUUGAAAAUCACGACGCGCUGUCGGAUAUAAAAGAUUAUGUUCCAUCAAUCCCAAGAUUAUCACUUAGUCUACAAAUCUGUACUUCUCGAUCAUUUUUCGUAUUUCAGUUUAAUGUCAAUGAAUCCUUAUUCUAGUGUUACCGUCCUGCAGUAAAAUUACAUUUGAUUGAAACCCGAGCAUUUCGUUGUGUUGGUGCCUGGUAGGUGUCGUGUACCCUACCAUUGUACCAUUACCAUUGGUGUCGGCUACCAUAAUGGCUCGAUGUGUACAAUACUUGUCCUGGACGUAGAGUUCCGUGAAACCCCCCGUGUCCCGCGCUUCCGAUCAUUCAUCCCUUCAUGGCGUUUAUCAUGUAAAUAUUUCUAUUUGCGUCAAAUUUUUCGCCGUGAUGACUGUGAAGAAAGAGAACGGUAUGAAAGGUUGAGAGUGCCAUUAGUUCUGAAUCAGUAAUUGUACUGAAAAAGACAUCAAAUAAAAUGUUCUGUUGACAUGUCAACAAGAGCUUUUACUAUUUUA